UACCACGCCACAGUCUCAUCUAAGCCACAGCUAUGCGCACAUCCUCCCCAUAAUAGUCAAAAAUUUCACAUUCCCAUUCCCGUGAUAUGCGCAACGGCGCGUCGCGAAACUUGAAAACCGAACUCGCGAAUUAUUCGCAAUAAUUUUUUUUUUGAACACUUGCAUUUUUUUAUAUUUUCUGAAACUCUUGAAAAAAGUUGCAGUUGGCGGCAAACGGUAAUGUUGUGUGUUUGGUGUAUUUAAAAGUGCGUUUUAGACUUACUGAGCUUUCUAAGAUUUUUAUGUGUUAUUAUCGGUGUACCGAAAGAUUUUGUUGGUGUGAAGUGUUGUAUUUUAUUUUGUGCACAUUUUCAUUUGGAUUUUUAUUUGCCCCGGAAUUUUGAAACAAUAUGGAAAAAAUCGGCAUGCGACAUGUCCAUAAAUAUCAGUCAUAUUGAUUUUUGAUAACACUACAAUUUCUCAAAUCGCUAUAAAAACAAAGAUGCUGGGGUAUGCUCUAAGAAGAGUUACCUCAGUCAUCUCUUUUGCUCCUAAAGACAUCAACUACAGCUCGGCUGACGACAGCCGGUGCUUAGAUAAGUAGAUCAAUAAAAUAGCAAAACUUUUCGAUCAAAUAUAAAAUUCAUAGGAACACAAUCUAUAAGAAGUAAUAUUUGAAUAAUUUGAAACCAACCUAGUCAAGAUCAAUAGCAAUAGUAAGUUACCAAUAGCAGAAAUAAAGAACAGAGAUCCAGUGCCGCCUUACUGAAUACGCCACUGAGGUGGUAUGGUAUAUAUUGCAUCUUGGAUCGACUGUGCGCUGACUGGUCGCUACGUCACGUGGCUUCCCGGCGCGCGACUGCAGUGCUGGAUGCUACUAACUGUAUACACGUUACCACAGCUUGCCGUCUCUGCAAAGAUAUUGUGCCUCCUGAUGGUGGUGAUCUGCGGUGCGGUACCAUCGAUGGUCCGGUCAGUUCGCCUCUACAGCCAGUGCUCCCACCUUUACGUCAACGUGUUCCCAAACGGCACCGUCAUGGCUCGCUCCGGAGGAAACGACCAGCCGAAUCUCACCAUCAGCACACGUGGCUUCAGUCUAGAACUGCUCAUCCACUCACCCAUCCAGGACAUGUACCUGUGCUUCAAUCGAUCCAAGCUGGUCGGCAGGCGAUUGACACGAUUUCAAGCGGAGAGACAACCGAAUUGUUUAUUCAAAGAAGAAUUUGUAAACGGCUACAACAGAUAUCACCUAAUGAAAAACGAAGAUCGCUACAUAGGAUUCAACAGGCGAGGCUUGCAAUUACGUCGAGGGAAAAGCCGCCUUCCAGAGCGUGUGCACAAGUGCUUGGACUUCAUGAAGGUGGCCCGUGGUGAUGACUUUAACUUGGACAGGCACAAUACCAUGCUUGCAGGAGACUUACCGAAAUGGCGGCCGCAGCGUAGACUCCGACCCCCGCCGCAGAACUCCAUCAAGCCACCGUGUCACGGCGUCCGCCAUCACCACGGCAGGUAUCAGAGGCGAAAAAAUUGUGACGGGACAUAGGUUGUCGUCGUCGUUUCAUCAUCAGCUCAUUUACGCUUCUACGCUUCGCGCGUUCUGUUGCCAGCUGUAGAUGGACAUUGUGAGUGGACAGAGUAUUAGUCAACUAUCGCAGUAUUAUUACAGUGACGAGGACUGGAUAGCGUUAGGUUAGGUGAGCCGCGGUGGCCGCGGCGGCGGCGUCGGCCCGCAUGAAUGGUAGCUGAUGCGAGAGAGCAAACAUUUGAAUGGGAGAAAAAGCCGAGCCGGGACGACCGACGUCCAGACCUGUGAAAUUCCUUAAGCUCGUGUAACAUCGUGGCACUCGUUUGCUCUUGUGCCUGCGGUCGAACUCGUGCUCUAAAAGGAAAAAAAAAGUUUUCUGUGGAAAGAGCAAAUAGUAAUCCCGCCAGUCACGAGUCUUCUGAUAGACCACCGCUGUUGGUUCGUGGAGGUAUCACCGGUACUGAAAUCAGCUCUCGAGGAAGGAAAACAUCUAGGUAGCGCGCGUAGCGCAUUGUGUUUAUAUUACCUACGAUUGUUCCGGUUGGCUCGCCAUAAGUGUAGCAAAAAGGCCUUUGCGUCAAUUCUCAGUGUGUUAUUAUUUAAAACGCUUUACUGUUAACUUAAGAACCGAUCGUGUUACGCUUGUAAAUAUAUUAAAAAUAAUUGUGUUUACUUAUUUAUCAAAAAAAAAGUUAAUCAGAAAUUUAUAAACGUAGAUCUUAGUUGUAAAAUUGUAUUAAAAUGUUUUGUAUUUAAUUAUGGGUAUUUAAUCUAUCCUACCAACCGCUCUCUUGUGAUUAGCCACAGUUGAUAUAACCUAGAUUUCUUUAACUUCAUAUAAUGAAACAUUUCCUACUAACAUUCAUAAUAUGAAUAUUAUUUUCUGUUCAUGAUUUUGAUUGCAUGGUUUCACGAGUUCUGUAUAUAUUAUUUUAAGAGUACGCCAGGGAGUGAUAGAUUUUUGAAUCUCUCUAUAUUUUUUAAAUCAGUUCGUACUGAUUGAUAUUCUCGAUUUAUCAUAAUGGAACCCAAUGAUUUGUCGCCUAAUUUUCCUAGAUAACAAUGCAAACAUUUUGUAGUAAUUCUAUUGUACUAAUAGCCAUUCCUGCAAUCCUAUUAAAUAGUGAACCUAAUACCUAAUGUUAAUAUAUUAAGAUCUGUGCCAUAGUGUGGUGGCAGUGUACGACUUUGCGUUGGAAAUGUAGUGUUUUAAGUUUGUCUGUAAACUAUGAGUAGAUAAAAAUAUAUAACAUAAGGCAAUAUAUUAACUGAAUUAAAUUAUUGUACUUCUCAAAUCGGGAUAAAAAUAACAUAACAGAUGUAAAAACGGUUUAACAUUUCACAAAUUAUUGUUCUUACCUAUUUAUUCCAUUUAAUGAUACAGUAAAACAAAUUGAAGUUAACGCUAUUGAUAUGAUUAUAUUGUUAUUAUUAUCUCGAUAUGAAAAUUAUUACAAAAUCAGUCAAACUAAAUAGUAAAUGUAAUACUUUUUCUGU